UGUUCGUUUCAGUGUUUGCCCUAGAAAAGCGACUUGGAAGAACUAAAGAAGACUGUCUUUUACAGUGCAAUUUAAACAACCAAAAGCGAUCCUAUCUUCCUAAAUGAGCGAAUUUUUUGAUGGUGAUUGCGAGGACGACCUGGAUGGCAGUAGUGGAUUCAAAGGUAUUCUGGUGCUGCGAGAAUUCUUUCAAGUAAUUUUCGACGAGGGAAGUUAACCCUUGUGUUUGGCUUGAACUCUCUUCGUUUUGCCAUUUGGUAGCGGGGAAGAAAUUAGGAACUACACUGUCUAAUCUCGUUUUUGAAGCUCAAAAGGAAAGUUUAGGCUACAGAUGAAGAACCAAGGGGCCAGUUACCUCGCUAUGGCCGCUAACAACAGUGACAGCUACUUCGCGAGGCCCGGGUCCAUCUUUGCCAUCGUGGAUAACAUUUACUGGGCGAUCUCUAGCGCUAAACACAACAAAGCUUAUGUCCUUCGAUUUGUGCCUAUUGUCAAGCAGAUUACCAAAGUUCUGAACGGAGCAGAUGUCAAAUUCAUUCGCCAAGCCGAAUUCUACAGCGAUCUAAAAGAAACCUUGUUCAAGAUCGAAAGCCAUGUGAAAGAAAGUUCUACCCGAGGAAAAUGGAUGAACAAGCUAAUGGCAAAGAAGAACCAGAAAAGUUUCCAAGAGUUCGAGGAGCACGUCGAUCAUCUCAUUACACGAAUCGUUUUUUCGUUUGCUCAGCGAGUUCAACUGCUAAACCUGGCUCGACAAUCGAAGAGGGCAUUGUCAGAAAUACCGGAGGAAGAAGAUGAAGAAAACUUGAGUGAAAUCAGUAGCGACCGCAACAGCGCUAGUACUACUAGCGACACUUCCGGCGAAGAUGAAUCCUUGGCGAGCCAAGAAGACGAAAUUGCCGGGGAACGAUAAACGUUUAACACCAUUUCCACUUUUUGUGAACCAUCAAAUCGGAAAUCGAAAGACAUGAGCAGUUGUGAAGGAAAAAGUUGGCGUCGUUGUUCACUAAACACAUUAAUUAAAUAUUCCUAACUUUGUGUUGAAAAGCCUUAGGGAUACAUUCCAUUGAGCUUUGUAAACGAGUAUUAAAUUAGAAUUUUAGUUUCAUGUAGAUUAGCACAUAUUUUAACGAGAAUCUAGUUUGGAUUAACUUAGCAUUUCUAAGUGAAACAUUUUAUUUAAAGGUAGUACAAGACAUGAAGUUGUCGGUAUGUACAUUGUAAGAGUUUGUUAAGAGAUUUUUUGUGUGGUUUCAAGAUUUGCAUAUCUUUUUGCAAUUUCUGAAGAGCGGGUAAACAAGCACUCGAAAUGUCAGUUAUAAUUGCUAUAUUUAGGUUCUGACAUAAUGGAAAAUAUAAAUUAUUACAUUUAUUUUUCUGGUCGGGGAACAAGGCUUUUAUUUCAAAUGUUGCAGAAUGCACUUGUUCUGCAUAUUCCACUCAAGAAUUGUAUCAGGCUUAUAUUUUGGGAAAGUGUACAGUUACCUUAUAUUUAAACACAAAGGGAUAAUAUAAUAAAAUUGAUUUGAAGAAAA